CGAUUCUCCAACAACCAAUGACGUUUACAUAUAUCCUCGAAAUGACCAAAUUCAGUGUUGCCUUACUCUGAAAUCAAAUUUUUUGUUUGUGGCCACAACUAAAAGUAAACAAAAAAAAAACUUUGAAAAACUGGCGAACUAAAUUCACCAGACGCAAUGGAAGCAGUUACAUACUUUGAAUGGUUUUGGUCGGCGAUCGGGUCAGCGCACGAGUGCAGCCGAAGGCGCAAAGCCGAAGCACCAAAAAUUGUCAUCAGCAGCAGCGUUAAGCGCAAAUACAAAAACAAAAGCUUCAGCAAAAUCAAAUCAAAAUGGCGGUCAAGCAGAAUGUAAACAAAGGGAAAAGCAGAACAACUGCUGCGCAAGCGUCAACAUCGACGUCGACAUCGACAUCGACAUCGCAUUCGCCAUUGGAAUUACUUGUGGUGGGCCAUCAACUACACAUACACCCCUUGCAAGUGACUUCCCCGUCAGUACGCUGUAAUUUGAAUACGCAUGUGCAGCAUUUUGGUAAUGCAGCUGAAAACUUGCACUUUUUGCAAGAUGGCGAAUUUGUAUACAUCUAUGAAAAUUGUAUGACGGCAGCGCCGUGGCCAACGCAAGGCAAGUCCAACUCCCAGAUGCCGUUAUUGACCUUGGCCCAGCAAGUGGUUGACCGCCGAUUCCUGGCCGAACUUAUGGAUGAGUUAUUCAUACGCGACACCUAAGCUAUCUUUUGACAAACACACACACAUGCAAAGCAUUGUACAUUCUAAGCUAACUAAGUAGUAUCUCUAAAAAAAACUUUGGUUUCACUGUCAACAGCGUUAUAAAUUGUGUAUUUCGCCAAAGUCACGCUCCCGCUCGCCGUCACCCCAUCGACCGGCCUCGCCGACGUCCGAGGAGGCCUUUCCGACGUCGCUCGCAUCCUUGCUGCAGGACAAGGCUGUGAGCAUACUUCCGACGGCCAACAUCCUGAUCGACACCGGAUGCAAGACAUUUGAGAUGCGAGCGCUGAUCGACCCGUGCGCGGCGACCAGCCGUAUCAGCGCAUCUUUGGCAACAGCCUACCGGCUAUCCGUCACCCGCGUUGGUACGGAAGGCGUCUGCACGGCGAUCAUCCGCUCACGGACAUCCGAGUUCCGUCGAAAGGUGCUGCUGCAGGUGGACUCGCAACUCUGCAGCCGCACCCCCCUCCGACCCGUCGAUGGCGAGAACUUGGAGCAAUUCCGCAGCAUCACGCUCGCCAACGAACGCUGGUUCCAGCCAUCGACGGUGUCCCUGGUGCUCGGCACUGAUGUGUAUCCUCACAUCAUCCUACCUGGCCUCCUGCCGAGCACCAACGGUUUGCCAAUGGCCCAGAAUUCCACCUUGGGUUGGAUUCUGUCCGGUCCAUUUGGACAAUGA